GUUACACACUUUGGUAUGCUGUUGUUCUCCAUGUGCGCAUCGCUCUGUUCUGCUUUAAAAAGAGGUGUUCAGACGCAUAACAAGACGUUGGAUGCAACUUUGAAUUCGGUUCUAUUCAACAAGCCGUUGAGUGUGCUGCCGGAUGUCGUUAGUCCCGCGAACAACCUAACCAUUGAAGUGCUGCCAUCUGACGAGGACGAGGAUGAGAGUAUGCUCUCUUUUGGCCUGCUGAAUGAUGCAUAUGGCUUUGGGGAACAAUUGCAAGAUCUCGAUCCGAAGAACGCCGCUUGAAAUUAGCGGUUAUUAUACAUGGUACAAGGUGUGUA